CCCACCAUCCGCCGCCACCAGGAUAUCCUACCUGGGUACCUAGUAAUGGAUCACACCUCUGCGGACUGAUCUUGCAUAGACAUAUACAAUCUCACCAGCUUCUACUGACACACUUCAAUCCUUUUUCCAAGUGCCAAGCUAGAACCCUCAUAAGCGCCUCGUCCACAAAGACAUCAUGGCCGCUAGUUCUGCUCCAGCAGCUUCGUUGCUCAAGCGACAACUCAAAGAGAUGCAGGCUGGCAAGGAUAUUCCAGGCAUCUCAUGCGGCCUCGUAAACGAUAACAACAUCUUUGAGUGGGAGGUGAUGCUCAUGAUUAGCGAUGACUGCAAAUACUACGGCGGAGGCAACUUCCGGGCUCGUCUAUCCUUUCCGUCGAGUUACCCUCACAUGCCACCUUCACUCACAUUUCAAGACCCCAUUCCUUUCCAUCCGAAUAUCUACGAAAACGGCAAGCUCUGCAUUUCUAUCCUCCAUCCUCCCGAGGAAGACGAGUAUGGUUACGAAGCAGCCUCUGAACGCUGGAGCCCUGUCCAGACACCCGAAACUAUUCUUCUCAGCACCAUCAGCCUUUUCCACAGCCCCAACGACGAGAGCCCUGCCAAUGUGGAGGCUGCACGUAUGUUCCGCGAGGAGAGGGAGGGCAAGAACAAGGACUUCCGGAGACGCUGCAGAAAGUGUGUGAGGGAGAGCUUGGGAGAGGAUUAGAUGCAGGGCUAUUCUCUAUAUAUGUGGCUAUCAUGGGAGUGCGAAGGAUAUGUGGGUUGGCGUUAGGUGGUUGGGAACGCCUUGCGAACGAUCACCAGCGUUCAAGUGGUGUCAUGGAGCCUUGGGCGUAUUUUAUAUCAGUGUUGAACCAUCAGUGAAAUAGUGACCCUUCCUAUCGUUGCACAGGAACAUUACGAUGGUGUUUGGUCGUUAAUUUCCUUCUUGAGUUGCAAUAUCUAAAUGCUCUCUUCACCAACAAGCCCAAUGACUUUGCCAACUACGCGGUCCCAUUCCUGAUCCCACCUCAGAGAGCCUUCACUAACUGCACCCUUCUUCAAACGAGCCAACUCCUCUUGUCCAGAAAAGCUCAGAAGUCUCGCGAGAAUCUCCGACAAUUCUGAUGAAGUUUCGAAACCACAGCCAUUUUGACCUUCCUUGACAAGCUCGCUGAAGCUCUCAAAAGCCGAGUAUGCUGCGACAGGGAGACCAGCACCAAACAUGUCCACCACCUUCAUGGGAAGAUCAACGCCCGAGCUGGACUUGUGCAGCGAGAUACCAAGGUCUGCCGAAGCAAGAAGUGAAGCAUAGUCCCUCGUGGAAAGCCACGCUGUUAUGAUACGAACGCCAGGCAGUUUACCCCCCUCCUGAAGUGUCUUGAUUUUUUCAAGAUAGAGUUCUUUUUGCGGACCCUUACCAGUAAUUAUAGCUAGGAUGGGCGAGGCCUCGGCAGAACUGGCAUAGGAGACGAGAGCAUCCAGGAGCAGACCAAAGUCCUCGUCUGGCGUCCAGGAAGUGCUACUCACGAUGAGCCGUACUGCUCCAUCGACAAUAUCCUUGGCAAUGUCUUUAGUCUCUGCAAGUCGAGACAAAAAGGCCAGACGUUUUGCAGUAGAGAGAAUAGGUUGGAACACCUGAGCAGGUCGGUCAUGAAGUGUGAGGACAGAACGCUUCAGGCUGAAAGGCUUCUCCUUGAGCUGGCGGGCCAUAGCAUCGGUGACAGAAAGGUUGAUAUCUCCUAGAUAGCGUCCGAAACCGGUUUCAUACCAACGGUACACAGGAACCAAUGGCUUAACAUACCACUUCCCUUGCGCCAGAAUGGUGUAGCCAUAAUUAUGCCAGUCCACUACAAGCUUACUGCCUCGUAGGAAGGAAACCAAGAGUGCAACAUGAAAAGUUGGAAUUGAGGGAGGGUUCU